AUGUCGGGUCAAAACGAGCAGUUCUAUAUCCGUUACUACUCAGGUCACUCUGGGCGGUUUGGACAUGAGUUUCUAGAAUUCGAUUUCCGUACCCUCGGUGAUGGUCGCAGCGCUGCUGUCCGAUAUGCGAACAAUUCCAACUAUCGCAAUGACUCCCUCAUCCGUAAAGAGAUGUGCGUGAGCUCGGUGAUGAUCCAAGAAAUCAAGCGCAUCAUCAAGAGCAGCGAGAUUCUGAAGGAGGACGAUUCGAACUGGCCGCAGAAGAACAAGGACGGGCGACAGGAGCUAGAAAUACGGUUAGGCAAUGAUCAUAUCUCAUUUGAGACCGCCAAAAUCGGGUCAAUCGCUGAGGUGUCGGAAACCGCAGACCCCGAAGGUCUUCGGGUGUUCUACUACCUUGUACAGGAUCUAAAGGCACUGAUUUUCUCGUUGAUAUCUCUUCACUUCAAGAUCAAACCGAUCUAA